UGAAGCGCUUCUUUCCCUUUUGUAAACUGUAGUCAUCCAUAUACCCUUAUCUUACAAUUAGUCAAAAUGGUUCGCUAUAGUCCGUUAGGGACUUUGUCCAUGUUGAAACAUUCCCCACGAAUGACUAUGAUGGCUAUCUUUUCCGCUCUGGCAGUUUUGUCAGUAGUGACCCUGGUAGCUUUGCGACCAUCGCAUUUUGCACAUCCACUACACUUUUUCUCAUCUGGUCCACCUCCGCCUCCACUCGAUAGUCAUAUAUGCCCAGCUACAGGGCCCAACAACCACUAUGAGCAACUGUAUGGCCAUGAAUUCUUGCAGCGAUCUAUAGCUCAUGAAGGAUCGAACAAGCGUUUGCGUGAGAAGAUAGCUAUGGCACAACGAGGAGAAGACAUACGUAUGGCCGUCCUAGGAGGAUCAGUUUCCGCAGGUCAUACCUUGGAUGAUUGGACGAGGGUCUACUAUCAUCGAUUCUUGGAUUGGUGGAAGGAACAAUUCCCGGAAGGUCAUCACAGCAUCUUCUCAGGCGCCAUAGGAGCAACCGACUCUGGAUAUUUUGCUUACUGCUUUGAUAAGCAUAUACCAAAGGAUGUUGACAUUAUCUUUUUGGAAUUCUCUCUCAAUGAUGCCAGUACUUUACCUUGUGAAAUGAACGACAAGAAAGGUAGUAUAGUUCAAGCAAAGAUGAUGGAAUCGCUGGUUCGCAACCUACUUCGCUUGCCUAGAAAGCCAGCAGUCAUCAUGACUUCAGUUUUCAGCUACAACGUGAAUGAGUACUUGGAUGGACAGGAAUCGCAUCUGCCAAUUUCCAACUACUAUGAUCUACCCCAUAUUUCCAUGAAGAAUGCCCUCUAUGACCAUCUCAACCGAUAUCCAGACGAUCUUCGAUUUAAGCUCUACAACGAUGGUCAUCAUUUAUCUAACUGGGGCCACCAAUUGCUCAGCGAUCUUGUUUCUCACUAUGUUGAAAGACAAAUGUGCGCUAUGUCCGACAAAGUCCAGCCAGUCAUUUUGGAUAAUUAUUCAUACAAAGAGAGCAUUCCAAAGUUCGAUAUGUUCACUCACCGAUGGGAGCAAGACAAGUUUAGAGAGCUUGAACCGUAUUGCGAAACGUUUGCGGAUCAAUCCUACAAGCCUAGGGACAUGGACGGUUGGACGUUCUGGGAUUGGCAGAAAGAGAAGUUCUACAUUGUGGCGGAUGUGCCUGGCUCUCAGGUUACCUUCGAAGUCCGAGCGAGCCAAGGCGUAGUUUAUCUUUACCUAUUCCGUAGCGCUGACUAUAACUUGGGCAAUAUCUGGUGCUGGAUUGGAGACGAGAAGGAUAAAGGACGUGAACUCCAAGGCUACUGGGAUAAAUGGUAUAGUGUCGGUGUAAUGACUCCUGUUGCUGAAGGCCUCAGCCAAGGUAAACAUUUGCUGCACUGUGAGCUCAUGAACAAGACCAGCAAUCCUGAAGGCGGCACCAACUUCCGCAUUCUUGCUGUUGCCAGCGGUUAAAAGCUGAUAGUUCAACGCGCAUGCAGUAGUGUAUACAAUCGAUUCCAACUCAGCCUAGAUACGUGGCUCGUUAAGAAAGAACCACAGAAUAUUUGACUUAUACUUUCUCAAAUGCUCAAACUAUUUAUUGGUAAUAUGAGAGCUGAGGGCUUUUCCAUACAUCUCUAUCAUUUAUUUCUUCACUGGUUCACACCUAUCUUUUAUCAAAGAUUUAUGUAUCAACACACCUCCAAUAAAAAGUUAAUUCUCCACUUA